AAAUCGUCAUCAGACGGAAAUUAUUGCGUAUGUUUUGUGUAUUAUAAAAGACGAAUGAAUAAUCUAUUUCGAUGGGGUCGAUGCAAAUUAACACUGCGAGCACGAACGCGGACAUAAAUAGAAGUAGCGGAAAAUAUCUUUUUCUGAGUCAUUGGGCUUGAAUUAAGUUUGGGAAUAAAACUUCGUUCAUUUAAUUUUAAUUAUAGGUUUCGCGUGGAAAUGAAGCUUUUCCUUCAUAUAAUACCAUCUAAAGAAAAUUUUAAAAUAAAAACCGAAGCCUAUGUACCUAUGUUAUUGAUAUACUAUACACAAGAAAAAACCAGUCAUAUAUUCAACGACAUUGUAGAUUCUAGGCAACGUACAGCUCAGCUAAAUAGGUUGAGUGUAUUGUAUAAGUAUUUCCCCGCAUUAAAUGUUGGACAAGCAAGAGUAGAGUGAAAUAUGUGAUAAACAAGAAAACUUUACCAAUUAACUAGCCCUUCGAAUCUGUAACUAUUACGAUACAAGUCUAUGAGGCAUUUACAUCGAAGUAUUUGUGAAAGAAAGUUGACAAAAUAAUGAUGAGUACACUCUUCACUCAUCAAUAAAAGUAACGUUAGAAGAAAAAAUAUUUUUUUUUUUCAAUUUAAUCUUUGCUCUGAAGUGAUGGUUAAUCAAUACAAAGUAACUGAACUGUAAAAACACAUCAAAUUGCCAGCCGUGACAAUCAAUUAGAUUUUAUGCAAAAAAAUAUGUUAGUUUCAAUUAACUGUGAACUGAGCGCUUGUAGUACCUGCAGUGACCGAAUAGACUUUUUCUACAAAUAAAAAAAACAACAAUAAAGGCAACCACCGCACAACCACCGACACGAUGAACAAUCACGCGGACGGUGACUUCGACCAAACGGAAUUUCAACCUCGACGCGAGUCUCUCGUCAAACCGACAUGGCAUAACGUGUGUCCCGGUCAAGUGCCACCGGAUACAUUGGAAAAACUGAAUCUGCUGGGACAUAGUGUUCACGAGACAACGUAUCCGAUUCUGAAAGACAACAACAAUAAAAUCAACAACAAGGUUGCCAUUACCACACAGCAACGGCGUCAAGUUGAAUUGUUUGACAUUUUUGGGAAGGUAAUGCUGUUAGGUGAUUCUGGUGUCGGCAAAACCUGUCUCCUUGUGAGAUUUCGAGAUGGUACAUUUCUCUCCGGCAAUUUUAUAUCAACCGUUGGCAUUGACUUUAGGAAUAAAAUUGUUUCGUUGGAUAGUACACGCGUCAAACUCCAAAUAUGGGAUACAGCUGGACAGGAGCGAUUUCGGUCGGUAACACAUGCAUAUUAUCGCGAUGCACACGCGUUACUCCUGCUGUACGAUGUUACCAACAAAGUGAGCUUUGAUAAUAUUCGGGCAUGGUUGGGUGAAAUUCGAGAAUAUGCUCAAGAGGAUGUUGUUAUAAUGUUAUUAGGUAAUAAAGCUGACUGCCCAGAGCGUGAAGUACGCAAAGAAGAUGGUGAACGCUUAGCUCGUGAAUACAAUGUAUCGUUCCUAGAGACAUCAGCUAAAACCGGCUUAAAUGUAGAACUGGCAUUUCUGACUGUGGCCAAAAAAUUGAAAAAUCGGAAAAAUGACAUCAUAGACGAAUCAAGAUUUAAUGUACACGAAUAUGUCAAAGAACACACGCAAAGACCAUCAUGUCCUCCUUGUAAUUUGUGAAAAAUAUAUCACGUGACCUACACAAACAAUAAAAGAAUCAACUUAAACCAUUUUUUAGUAGAAAAUGUAGAGUAAAAGAGAAAUAUAUAUCAAUGAAAAUAUGUUCAUCAUUAGGUGCAUCUAUAUAUAUAAUAUACCUAUCAUCACUGUGUCAAACAAAAAAAAAAUCAUAAACAGAUUGCUUUAAAAAAAAA